AUGACAAUAAUUUUCAACUUGAACCUUCCUCAAAAUUUAUUCUGUUACUAUAAUGAUGAUAUGUGAACAAACCUUUGAACUACCAAUGGAUGACCCAGAGCUGCGAUUACUUUGAUCGGUUUAAUGCAGUGAAGAAUGGUGUGAAGCUAAUGGCGUUACCGUGGAAGUGCCAUUGCCUGCUGGCGGUGUUGUGUGCCUCCUUCGUAGGGGUCGGGGCAGAUUGUGACCAGGAAUGUGCCUACUGUGCCUACCAUUUAGCCGGCCAUGCCACGGAGUUCAACUCGCUGAGUUGCACAUUGGAGUGUGAAGGUAAGACGUCAUCAGGAAAGGCAUGGGGGAUGUGCAAGGAGCUGGAGGAAAUUAAUAAACUCCACGAGGACAGUCAAAGUGCUCCUGAAAAUGACAAGGAAAAGGAAGAACAACAUCAGCUUCUGAACAAGCGAUAUGGCGGCUUCAUGAAGCGCUAUGGUGGAUUUAUGAAAAAAGGAGACCCCAGUGACACAUACUUCGCCAACGUUCACGAUGAAAAUAGGGGGAGGGAGAUACUGAAUAAAAGAUAUGGGGGGUUCAUGAAGAAGGAUGUUGAGAGUGCUUCUUCAGUAGAUUCUUCUGACAUUCUCAAAGAACUGCUGAACCUGAGUGAGCUCAAUGAUCAGAAGCAUUACUUGGACCACGGCGACUCUGAUGGCCGCAGUGACAUCAUGAAGAGGUAUGGGGGAUUCAUGAAUGCAUUCAAACAAAACCAAGAAUUAGACGAGUGGCCUGAACUGCAAAAGAGAUAUGGAGGCUUCAUGAGAAGGUUUGGGAAACCAGAUUACCAGAAAAGGUAUGGCGGUUUUAUGAAACGUUGGAAUGAUGCUCUCGUCCCUUCCGACGAAGAUGGUGAAAUAUAUUCCAAAGAAGUCCCUGAAUUUGAAAAGAGAUAUGGUGGAUUUAUGAGGAAUUAGAACCUCAAUCAGAAAGACUGUCCCUGUUCUCAGAUUUAAGUGUAUUGUGUUGCUUAGAAUGUACAGGUGUUUGUUUUAUUUUGAACUUAGAUUACCAAAAACAGGAGACCUGCAACUUAACAUGUUGUGUGCUGAUCCGUGUUACCUUUGGUUAAGGUGAGGUUGUCAAAUAUAAUUGUAUGCCUUCUUUGUGCACUUUCUUCUCUAACUGUAAUUUGUUAAAUGUUGUCUAAUUUUCAUUAAAUGCAAAACAAAGAAAAAA